UUGUACUUCACUCUUCUGGUAUUGUCAGGCACUUUCUAUUGUCCAUUCUAUUCUUCCACGAGAAGGACUCGGUGGCCUUCGACAGGCGCUGGCCUUUUCCUUUUCUUCCACCUUCUCAUUAACCUCAUCUUCAACACACCCGCAACCUUCAUUACUGCGUCUUCGCUGGUCGAUCGCCUAUCACUCUCCUCGAACACCACUUCCCUGCGAAUCAGCUAAUACACCUAAUAUCAAGAACGGCACAUGUUUCUGCGCCUCUACCCAACUGAGAAGUAUGUGGGCGAUGCGACUCAUGAUCGAGCACGGCAGCUGACUGUACCAGGCUCGUCUACGUUCCCUUCGAAGCAGACCGCAUCGAAGCACUCUUCGCGAAGCUCAAAGCGACGAAAGCCAAGGGCGAGCACAAGACUGACAAGAUGACGCUCUCUCCGAAGACGCUCUCGGGAGCUGGCUACAUUAUCCUCAACGGCAUCCGGGUGAUGAACAUCAUCGGGUUUCUCGCUGUCGUCACCGCAAGCGUGGUGAUGCUGGUCAAAACCAAUACCGACACACAUCUCUUCUUCUUCGACGCACUUAGUCACGUCAUCACGCUCAUUUCAAGCCUGUUUCUCAUCACGUCCGAGCUUCCCGUCUUCAAAGGCUACUUCGCGCGCAACUGGCCACUUCUUAGCCCCGCUCGUGGCUUCGUCACUCUCGCCAUCGCCAUGAUAGUCAUCGGCAUCCAGGUCAUGGGCAAUCUCAACAAGAGCGCAGGGAGCCAGGAAGAGCUUGGUAUGCCAUUCUGGCGCAUCGUGAUCGGGUCUGGCAUCCUCAUCUUCAUUUUGGGCUGGAUCAAUCUCUUGGCUAGCUUCAUCUUCCGCGACCGAAAGCAGGGCAUUACUGCUCGCAUGGUUCGCGCACAUGGCGCAGUGGCAGUCCACAAGACUCCAAUGUCUGUCUCCACCGAGAGCUGCGGCUCACGCACUCCGCCAGCGCCGGUACUCGCACAGUCGUACAUCCCGAACCCCGUCACUCCGUCACCUACCAAGACAACAGCCAACCCGUUCCGCUUCCUGCACUCAGAUCGUCGCGAGUCUGGUCUUCCAUCGUACCACACCGCCUCCGCUGGAUCGCCAUCUGUCUACAAAGCCAACGAUGGAUCAAUCUCGCCAACCAGCAAGUACUCUCGUGCCACAGUCUGCACCAAGAAGAAGGUCUUCGGCAUGUUCGGCAGACAGAGUCGCCAGAGUCUCGCUCCCCCACUCCCGGUCAACGUCCAGCAGCCGGAGAUGGAGAUCUCACGACCUCAAGGCGUCAACCCACAAUUCGCUCAUCUUGUGCAGAGGCCAGACAGUGCCAUGCACCCAUCGAGAGGCACGAAUGAGAGCGAGGCUUUCAGGUGGCGUGUGUGACGAUGACAACCUCGUCGGCGGCAUUUCGUAUUCUCUUUGUGUCAUGGGCGGCCCACAGGAUGAGAAAAAGGUUGUAUCAGCGCACUCGCUUUCUUGCUGCGUUCAUUAGCGAGAUACCCAUCGAUCUUUUCGGCCUCGAUAUGAGAGCCUGUAGUACGUUCGUUUAUGCAAUAACGACGCAACGAAAGUUCUUUUCAGAUCACCUCCGGUCAAUGGCCACGUAUCCCUCAGCUUCAGAGUCUUCCUUUCCUUGUCUCUCGCCGCUACUCUUCAACCCCAAUCUCUCUUCCACAACCUGCACAAUCUCUUUCCACUCCCUCAUCGCCCCUCCGCCCUUAUCCCCACAAGCCAAUCCCUUAUCAAUCGGCCUCAAAACCUCCACCCACCCUCCAUUCCUCACAUUCCACUCGCCCUCCAAAACAUCCAAAUGUCUCUUCGUCACCGGAUGAUUCCACAUAGCCGUAUUCAUCGCCGGCGCAACCACAAUCCCCUUCUUCCUCGCAUCUUUCACGCCUUCAAUCCCCGCAGCAUAAGGCAAUCGAAUCCCCGGCCUAGCCUCAUCAAUCAUCCCCGUCGUAUCCCAAGCCCUUGCAACGGAGUAUACCAUGCUAUCGCUCAUGCCUAAUGCGAUUUUCGCUAAUGCGUUUGCGGAUAAUGGAGCGAUGACCAUGAGAUCUGCCCAUCGGCGGAGUUCGAUGUGGAGGAUACUGUCGCCUCGGACCCAGGGUUUGCGCCAUUCGUCUGCGUCGAGGUAGAGGCCGUCGACAUUGGGGAGGUGGGAGAUUGAUGCUAGGGAGGGUUGUUCGGAGGAUUGGGAUUGGAGGAAUUCGCAGGCGGAGGGGGUGAGGAGGACGCGGAUUGAGAGGUUUUUGUGCGUCGAGAGUGCGGAGAUGAUGGAGGGGAGUUUGAUCGUUGCGACGCUGCCAGUUGCGCAGAGGAGGAGGUGGUGUUUGCCGUCGUUGAUGUGGUCGGAGGCUUUGAGGAUGGGUGGAGGCGGAGGGAAGUCUUUCUGAGGGUCUCGUGUUCCUUGAGCUGAGGUCUGUUUCGCCGGAGUCUGUCGCUCUUGCGUCUCCUGUUGUACUGGCUUCUCCCAGAAGGGAGGAUCUGAUUUGAACAGUUCCGGAUUUCUGUUUGCAACAUAGGUGAAGAUAGCAGCGAUGGCUAGAAAUGUGAUGAGAACGGCGGCCUGGGGCAGUUUCCUGAGAAGCUCGGCAAGAGCCUUGUCCGUCUCUUCCCAGGCCAUGCUGACCUACCUUGACCUCUC